AUGGGAUUUUCUGGGAGCGAAAAGGGGCUGGAAGUAGAAGAACAUAAUAUGCAUGCUGCAAUUUAUAACUAUAGCUUAGCAGUGUAUGGAGCUAUUUCAAAUCAUCUAAUCGGACGUAUUAGCUCAUUUCUUGAAGAUAAAAUAAUUAAAAAUGAACCUUUAGAAACGACUGGACCUUUUGCUGGAUACACAGCAUUGCAUAUAGCUUGUAUGGAUAGAGAUAGAAAAUUGGUAGAAGUAUUGGUUCAAAACUACCAUGCAAAUGUAAAUGCUGUUGCUGACGAUGGAGCUCAACCUAUUCACUUUGCGUGUUUAUUCAAAUGUGUGACGAUUAUAAAGAUUUUGUUAAAAGCUGGUGCCAACGUUGAUGCUGAAAUAGAACAACAACUUUUUGGAAAAUACAUUAGAAAGAAAAGGUGGCGCAACGAUUUUGGGGAUAAAAUGACUUUGUCAACUUUUUCAAUCCUAUAUGGUCACAGUGCUUCGUUUGUGUCAUCAUUAAUCGAAGGCAAAGCAAAUUUUAAAGUUAAGAGUCUGAAAAAUAAAACACUGUUGAUGUAUGCCAUUGAAGAGGAGAACGGCAUCGCAUCUUCACUUAUACAAAAAGUACAAGAUCAGGAAUGGAUAAACGCCCGUGACAGCGAUGGUUAUGCUGCUACCCAUUAUAGAUUACAUCCAAAAAAUUUAGAAAAUGAUCGAUACUUUGAUAAUGGCCGCAUAUGGUUCGAUGAUAUGAAUAGCGCUAUUUUGAUUCGCAAUUCACUUGAUGCUGGUGCUGACGUUAACGCAACCAUAAAUGAUGAUCCAAAUACUCUAUUAAUCAAUUUAGCGGCUCGCAUUCAUUUUCCACUUACACUGGAUAAAUUGUUGCCUUAUCAUUACAAUACUUCACAAUCAACUGCUUUGUAUUACGUAUUACGUCCACUUAAAACUCCACAGACACAAUUCAGCAUUGAUAGAAAAAGCGCAAGUAUCAAGUUGAUUCUAAAAGACCUUAUUUAUAGACGUACGUUUGGUUUAUUCGUUCCUGAAGAUGAAAUAAUAUUGAUGGACAAGAAUACCUUCCCAAACUCUAGUAUGUCUUCGUUCGCUAAGGAAUUUAUUAGAAACCCUAAUUUUCCUUCUUAUUCUAUGGACCUUUUGAAAGCUGAUUAUUUUUUCUUCCGGAAACAAAUUUCGAUUAGAAUAAAAAAAACUUCAAGAAGACUUGAGCAGUUAGAAGCAUUAAAAAGAGUAGAAAAUCUCCGUAAUGCUAUCCCUUUGCCAUAUGAAUUGGCUUUCUAUUUAUAA